AUGAGUUUCCAGGUUUCGGAGAUUAGCGAAUUCCUUGGCAACUUUGGUGGAGAACUCCAAGCUUUGAAGGCGGGAUAUGACCAGGUUUUCGGGAUGUUGUUCCCGACCUCUGGUAAGCCGCUCCUCCAGCGGCGCAAGUUCGUCGACUCAGCAAACCCGGAUUCGGAUUCCUCGGGGACUCAAGUUGAAAACAAAAAUAUCAUUGCUCUUUUCGGAGACCUGUUUCUUCCUUUGGUAAAGGCCUUAACGGCUCUACAGCUCCCAACGCCAGUGGCAGCACCGCUCAACAAAGUACUCAUUGACUUGCCGCUGAAGAGGAUUCGCGACUGUACCUACACCAUAGAUCCUUGUGAUCGUGACGUAAUCUAUGAGGAAGAGGGCCCUAACUUUGAAUUCUAUGACUGGGUUUUUCCUGAGGAAAAGUGGUGUGAUAUGAUCCGCGCGUUUCUGCAGCUGAGUGACUGUUCCCGAAGGGAGCAGAACGUUAUCUUGCUCAUGCCCGUAGCCGUCUACUUCCUCAAGCAAGAUGAAUCGUCUUUGCUUUCUCGAUCGCGAAAUGGGAAUAUAAUCGCAGUUGACCCCGAGUAUCUUGACCCAGCAGAUCCCACGUGGACGGCGUUUCGGUUGGCUUUCAAUGAGGUUGCGUUGUUUCACGGCGGCGUCCCACAUAUCAAUAAGACACGUGGUGGAGCCAUCAGCAACCUGACAAAAGUCCAUGAUCCAGAGAGUAUUUUCAGAUAUGCAAGCAGCUGGACCCUAAGGACCUGUUCCUCAAAUGACUACUUCAGGGCCUUGUUCGGCAUAUAG